GCGCAAACCAUUGGGUCUAUAUAUCCGGGUCUGGGAACUGCAGUGUUAAUGCCCCAGGUGCUGCCAGCUGGAUUCUAUGAUUGGCAUUUCCUGCAAUGUUAUCACUGGUGUUUCUGUGUGCCCGGAAGGUAGUGUCAGAUCAUGCAUCAACUCGUCGGUCCUUGGAGUUUGUCCCCAAAGAGCUUUAUCCUGUGCUGUUUAAAGCUGCAUUUAUUGACGAGAAGACCUUGGUGCUCCAGGACUUGGUUCAGAACUGGCCAUUUUCUGUGCUUUGUUUCCAGAAACUUCUGUUUACUGAUAGACCCAGAAAUUCAGCCCUGCUCAAGGAGAAGCCCAGCAAGUUGUGUGUGCAGACAGUGAUACUGGGGGUCAUGGCCUACCUCAAUGAGGCUUUGGCUAAGGAAGGAAAAUCUAAUAGGAAACGGCAACUGCGCCUGCUGGAUAUGACUGGCAUACAGGAUGACGGGUUGGAACAGGACGCUGACACAAUGAGUCUGUGGUCUCGUACAGUGACAUUGGCCAAAGCUUGCAUUGACAUAUCUAGGCGGCACUGUGAGGAAGUUGUACAGAUUUCAAAACGUAGAAGAGGAUACAGUGCCACACCUCUGGCUUUGCCAGUUCCUUGCAGUUCUAUAUUUGUAGAGGUGCGAGUUGAUCUGUUUGUAAAUAGCACAUCCUAUGGAGUGUUGCGAGAAGCAUAGAAUGUGAGUACAAGUAGCCCACUGCGCCUUUUGUGCAGGGAUUUCCGGGCUGAGGAACUCUCUCUUCGAAGCACUACAGGUCUUCUUGAAUUACUGAACACGACUGGCGUGAGGCAGAUUGACCUGAGAUUCAACAACCUUGGACUCGGUCUUAAUAUUCUCCUUCCACUCAUGACCAAGUUUUCCAACCUGCAGCUUAAGUUGCCUUACAGUAAUGUCGAUGUUAGGCGUUUGUCACCUGCAAUGGAAGAAGAGCUUCAGAAUUUUGCUUCUCAACUUGGGCAACUUUCUGCUACUGAAGGAGCUGAAUCUGGGCUCUUCACGCUCUCAGGCAGGUUACGCCAACUGCUUGGAGCUUUGCAGAAGCCACUAGAAGAGCUUGAGCUGGCGUUCUGUUACCUUCUUCCAGUGGAGACGUGUAUUAUCUUUGCCAGAGUAUUCCAUGUCUCAUCUCUGAAGAAGUUGGACCUUAGUGGAAAUAACCUCACACAAGUUCAUCUACAGCCAUUUCAGCAACUUCUCACUAAGGUGUCACAAUGCCUACUCCAUUUGGACAUUAUGGAAUGCAAACUUACGGACACAGAGCUCAGUGCAAUUAUACCUGCCCUGUGCCACUGGUUCACAACUUCGUUUCUUGGUUUUUUCUGCAAACCAGUGUCUUCUCAAGGUUUGCGGAUGCUUUUACAGAGCUCUGUGCUGUUGUCUGAGUUGCCAGCUGGUAGUUUACCCGUUCCCAUUGGACUGUUCGAUGAUAGUAUGGCCUCCCCUAACUCUCCUUCCUCUUACACAGACAGCGCUUUUGACCAAGAGAAACUUGCGCAGAUUGGAGCAGAAGUACAGCAAACACUGGUGUUAUUUGGGAAGACGGAUGUUGUAAUGACCACAGACAUGUAUGUGCCCAGAACCUUUGACUAUCUCAAUCUUUAGUUAUCCAUUGUAAUCAGAUCUUUUUUUAAAAUAUAAUUUAUUGUCUCAUUAAACACAGUUUGACAUGUUUACGUGAUACCCUCAGCUAAUUAAUCAACAUAAAGUUGGCCAAGCCAGACAUUUUUUAGAGACUCAAACACAAAUCCAAAGAGUGAGCCUUGUUUGAAAUUGUAAUUCUCACCCAAGGGUGUUGCAGCCAAUUGUGGGUUUCACUUAUGAUUGGGGCAAAAUCUAGUCAGAAUAUAUUUCAUUAAGGGCAACAAAUUGUGUAAUUUAGUUCAAAAUGGCUUCAUUUUAUAUUAUUGUAUUACAUUAAAGUGUCCUUUGGCGGGUC